CGCCCCCCUUUUCUCCGAGCCUUUAUCUCUUCCGACCAUCUCUAGGCGAAACCCUGUGGUACCAGGAGCGGAUCCGCACGCGUCCCCGCUCUGCCUGUCCGUCUGUCGCGCCCCUGCCACCCUGCGCACCCUGCGCACCCUGCGCACCCCCCUGGGCUCCUCGCCGCUCCGGGGGGGCUGGGAGGAGGAACUGCACUUUCUUUUUGUGCGUCUGAGCGGACCUUCUCUUGCACCGACCUUCUCUCUCGCAGCCUCUCCGAACCCGCGCCGAGAUUUUCUUUUAUUUUGUUUUGGUUUUUCUUUUCAGCGUUCGCAUUUCUUUCUUUAUCCUCACCCGAGAGAUGCGGGAGGAGUUAGGAAGCUCAGGGACGGAUGGGGGGUUCGUUUCUCCUUUUUUCCGCCCCCCCCCUCGCCAGCUCUUGAAGGACCAGAGGAAAAACUAAACCAAACAUUUAUUUCCCGACGGCGUCUCCCCCUCCUGCCCCUCUCCGCCGGACCGGGGAAUUAACCAAAUCUCACAUUGCACCCCAAAAUAAUUAUUAUAAUAAUAAUAAUCAUAGAGAAGAAAGGAGGGACGGACGCAUUGUUACCCCGACCCGCGGCGUGCCUGCGCGCCGGGCCGCGGCCGAACAAAGCCGGCAGAGCGCCGGGCUCCGCGCAGCCAGCGCCGGGCUCCGCUCCCGGGUUCCGCGGCGGCGGGGGCGGCGGCGGCUCCGCGGGCCGCCGCGGGGAAGGACAGGCCGAGGGGGCGGGCGAGAGGGAAUAAUCCCGGCCGGUGCUAUCGCCGCGUCCCUUUUGUUAUUUGUCGCGAUCGGGGAAGAGGAGGAAGAGGAGCGGGGUAAACGGCACUUUCCAGAGCGACCCCCCCCCCCAAAGCCAGCUCGCAGCCGCCGGUGCGUUGCAGCCCGCUGCCCCGAAUUCCCGGGCGGAGGCAGAGUCGGAUGGGGGCAAUGCUCCUUCUCCCCUGAUGCAUCGGUCAUUUGAACUGUAAAGGAAUCGCCGAGGGGGCGAGGGGACCUGCAGAGAGAGGCUGUCCAAACGACUCCGCCGAGGCUCCUCCGCCCCCUCCAAGAUGAUGCUGAGCCCGGACCAAGCCGCCGACUCCGACCACCCCUCGUCGGCGCCCUCCGACCCGGAGUCGCUGGGCGGCGCGGACCCCCAGGCGCUCAGCUGCUGCGUUUCCGACCCGGAGCCGGCCGAGGGCGGCGGCGGCGAGGGCCGGGGCGGUGGCGGCGGCGGCGGGGAGGGCCGGGGCGGGGGGCGGCCCGGGCUGCACCCGCCGCCGCUCAGCCGGGAGGAGAAGCGGCGGCGGCGCCGCGCCACGGCCAAGUACCGCUCGGCCCACGCCACGCGUGAGCGCAUCCGCGUGGAGGCCUUCAACCUGGCCUUCGCCGAGCUGCGCAAGCUGCUGCCCACGCUGCCCCCCGACAAGAAGCUCUCCAAGAUCGAGAUCCUGCGCCUCGCCAUCUGCUACAUCUCCUAUCUCAACCACGUCCUGGACGUGUAGCCGGGCCGACGGACCCCCGGACCCCCCGCGCCCCCCCGGCGCUGCCCCCCCUCCCCCCCCUCCCCCCCCCCCCCCCUCCCCCCGGGAGCCCCGUUUUUCGGAGCGACGCGUAAAACCGGAUCGUCUCUUCAGGCUGUCAAGUGCCCCUUUAUAUAUAUAUCCAAAAACAUCUACUUGUGACCUUAAACGUGUGACCCAUGGGUGCAGUUAAAAAUAACUAUUUUUUAUUUAUGGUAGAAGGAGUCGACAAUUUAUUUUUUUCAAGAUUUAUUUAUUUUUCAGAGUGGCGGCGAUUUUACUUUGGAUACUUUGUGCCAAUUGGUUUCUAUAGUCGGGUGUUUACACUUUCUCCUGUGGAAUAUUACGUUUAACUUUAUGAGUGUUCGUUGGGAUCGAGACAGUGUUCCUUUUCCUUUUUCUUAUUUUAAUUUAUUUUCCCCUCCUAUUAUAUUGCACUUGUGUACGACAAACCUCCCCUUCCUCCCUGUUUAUAAGUAUAUUUUAUAUAUAUCAAGGCAUUCGUUCUUGACCUUUUUUCUUUUUUUUCUCGUGUGGGAUCGACAACCACUAGCACUUAACUAGGAGAGUUUUUUUAAAACUUGUUGUUAUUCUGAUCUAUAGUUACGUCUGAAAAGUACUUUGCAAAUCGUUUAUAAGGGAAGUAGUUUCUUUGUGGGUGUAUAUGUGCGUGUGUGUAUACAUGCAUGUGUGUGGGAGUGAGCGUGGGCGUGUAUGUGUGUGGUAUAUUUUUAGGAAAGGAAAUUUUUCCUAAAAAAGAAAAAAAAAAAAAAAGAAAGAAAAGUAAAUCCAGGACUGCUUUCCUUUGUGACAACCAAAAAAAUUCUAUAACCUGAAAAUAUUUCAUGUUCUUUGCUGUGAAUCUCUUAAAACAAGAAGCGCAUUCUAGGGACAAAAGAGAAGAAGAAAAACCACAUCUGCUAUCCAAAGAUUUUAGUCUUUUUCAGGGUUUUUUUGUGUGUCUCUGUUGCUUUAUAUAAUGCAAUAUUUUGUAGUGAAAAUAGAUAAAUCUGGUUUCUAUCUGAUGCGUUUUUCAUAUCUCUCAUGAAUGGUGAGCUGUUUUGCAUAUAAAUAAAAGUAUCAAA